CCACUGGAAGGAGCUGAAAGCCACGUGUGGUGGUGACAAGCAGUCCCCUGUGAACAUCGACAGGCGCCGGCUGCAGCAGGAUGGUGGCCUCGGGGACAUCCUCUUUGAGGGCUAUGACCAGGCUCCCCCGGGGAAGUGGAGGCUGGUGAACGACGGGCACACGGUGAUGCUGACCCUGGCAAGCGAGUUGGCCGCCGAGCACAUCGCUGUCAGCGGCGGGGGUCUCCCGGGGUACCGCGCGCUGCAGCUGCACUUCCACUGGGGCAGCCUGGCCGGGAACGGCUCUGAGCACACCCUCGACGGGCGCCAGCUGCCCAUGGAGCUUCACAUUGUCCACAUCAACGUCAAGUACCGGACGCUGGCAGAGGCCAAGGGGCAUCCCAACGGGCUGGCCGUCCUCGGCUUCUUCUUCCAGGUCUCUGAAACCCCCAACACCAACUACAACACCAUUGUGGCGGGGCUGAGGAACGUCUCCCACGCUGGGGACUCUGUGGAUUUGGCCUCCACCUUCCGCCUGGGCACGCUGCUGCCGCACGCCGGCCACCUCUCCAGGUACUACCGCUACCAGGGCUCCCUCACCACCCCCGACUGCAGCGAGGUCGUCGUCUGGACCAUCUUUGAGGAGCCGGUGGAGAUCGGCCAGGAGCAG